GCCCUCACUCUCCCCGCCCGGCCUGGUGUUGUCUUUUGCUGAUCUCUACCCCAUGCCUGCUUCAAUUCCCUGGCGGUGUUGAUUCUCCUUGCGCGACCAUUUCCUACCUGUGUUUGCGUCUUUCCCGUGUCUUCUUUUUCCUCUCGGCAACACCAACGUUCCAGAAAAGCCGCACCUGCGUCCUUGAUCAUCAUCACCACCUCCUCAGGUUCCGACCACCACCACCAGCGUCAUCUGACGACACCUCCCGGCUCUUCCGUGUCGACCACAAACCACAGCCUCGCUCACCAUGUCUGAGGAAGGAGGUGGCCACUCUGGCCCUGGCGCGGCUUCCGCCCCCGCCAAUGGCAAUGCUCACGCUUCUGCUGCGGUGCAAGCCGACCAGCCAUCGCAGAUCAACACCCAGAAGCCAAAGGAGGUCACCUACGACCUCAACGAGGAGGACUUCCCAACCUCACCCCAGGGCACUCAGACCCCGAACCCGUUCAGCCGCCGCCAGACAAGCAUCGACCUCGACGACUACUUUGCCGGUCCUCGUGAUAUCUCGAAGCACUCCAAGUGGCCUCUGUUCAUGCAGCUCCACGGAAGCAUCAUCCCCAAGCUCAUCCUCCCGAUCGCCUUCAUCGGUCUCUGGGCCACUUGCAUCACCCUCAUCCACAAAAAGGUCCCCUACGUCAAUCUCGGAAUCUCCAACGUCCUCCUCACUGUCACCGGUUUCGUUGUCGGUCUCGGUCUCUCUUUCCGCAGCUCCACCGCUUAUGAGCGUUAUGCCGAGGGUCGCCGCUAUUGGGGUACCCUCACCCUGACCUGCCACAGCCUUGCGCGCGUUAUUUGGAUUCACGGCAAAGAACGUCCCGAUUGCACCAAGGAGGACGUGCUCUCGAAGCUCACCGCAAUGAACCUUCUUGUUGCCUUCGCCGUCUCGCUCAAGCACAAGCUGCGUUUCGAGCCUUACAUUCACUACCACGAUCUGAAGGACCUCGUUGAGCACCUGGACACUUUUGCCGAGCAGGCCACGAACGAGAAGCUCGACCUUGUUAGGAAGAAGGGCAUGUUCAAGCAGGUUGGCGAGAGCCUUGGCAUCACAUUUGCCCAGUCCAACCCGCGCAAGGAGAUGAAGAAGGCCACGAGCCCGCUCGGCAACCUGCCGCUCGAGAUCCUAUGCUAUCUCAGUGCAUACGUCGACUCGCUCGUCGAGAACGGCCAACUGACCGUUCCCAUGCAGCAGACCACAGCCUACAACGCUCUUGCUUCGUUGAACGACGUCCUGACUGGCUGUGAUCGUGUACUCAACACCCCUCUGCCCAUCGCCUACGCCAUUGCCAUCCAGCAGAUCACCUGGCUCUACGUCAUGCUAUUGCCCUUCCAGCUGCUCCCUGGCCUCGAGUGGAUCACCAUCCCUGCCACGAUUGCCGCCUCUGCCAUUAUCCUGUCCAUCCUCUUCAUCGGCCGCGAGAUUGAGAACCCGUUCGGCAACGAUGUCAACGACUUGCCGCUCGAGGCGUUCUGUGCUCAGAUCAUGGAGGACUUUGAGGUCAUGGCCGCUCGCCCGAAGCCCGUCUGGGCCGACAUUGUCAAGCACCCCCAGAACAAGGUCCUCUUCCCGCACAGCAACUCGUCCUACGAGGUCUGGGCCAGCCGCCCCGAGGGCGCUCUUCGCCGCACCCUGCGCAACCGCCCACAUAACGCGUUUGGCGGCACGCCUGGAUGUGCGAACACCACCGCGGAGGGCAGCCUGAACGGCGAGCAGAAGGUGCACUCUGAGAACAACGUCUAAGCGACGAAAGAGGAGCCCAAGGUGAAGAUUGAGAGAAAAUCUGCUUCCAACAAAGGAAGCACGAUGUGUACAUAACAGACUGUGAAACUUGUUGGGGGCAUUACUGGAGCAUUGCAGGAUACAACGGCAUCAUAAAAAAGGAAUGGAAGUAUCGCGGAAGCUUGCCUGCUGAGAUGACCACUUUGCCCUCAAGAGUCUUCUGGCGAAACCGAGAGGCCGAGGACCCAGCCAGUCGCAAUCUGGGCUCAUCCAGCGACUACUUCCACCACACAGAGUUUUGCGUUUGGCUUUUCAGGGUUAAUUUAUUUUCUUCACUUCCAUAAUUUGACAAUUCCACACACCACUACUACAUCGGGCAAC